CGACGACGACGUGCCCUCGACUUAUCAUCAUCAUCACUAAAAUACGAUCAUGGCGAUUUGUUAAUCCUUCUCUAUUUUUUUUGUUUUUCCGGGAAAAGCAAGUGAGGGAGAGGGAGAGAGAGAGAGAACAAAGAAAAAAGAAAAGUAAACAAAAAAAAACAGAGUUUUCUCCCUCCAUUAACGUAUUAGCUCCUCUCUCUCCACUUUAUUUUCAAUUAAGUUCCUGCAAAUUUUUAUAAACCCUAGUUUUGAUUCAAUUGUUUCUGGGGAUUCUUUUUUUAAAUCAAAGUAGGGAUUUUGAAGACUUGAGAUUAUUGGGUUCGUCGUGAAUUGAGAUUAUUGGGUUCGUCGUGAAUCUCAUUCAAAAAUCGAAACUUUUUGUUGUUUAAUUGAUCAAUUUCGACUAUUUGAUUACAAAUUUAGAAAGAAAGAAAAAAAUGUCAGACUUUGGCGAUUCGCCGAUUUUAUCGCCACCAGCACCGCCAGCUGAUUCCGCUCCUCCACCGGAAACUUCAACCGGAAACGCUGCUCCUCCACCUGUUGAUUCGACCCCUCCUAGCCCACCGGCUGAUUCAUCACCACCGCCGCCGUCAGAACCAUCGCCUCCUCCUCCCGAUUCAGUGUUUCCUCCUUUGCCUUCAAUUUUUCCUCCGAUAACAGCUUCUCCGCCUCCACCGUCUGAUUCUUCUCCACCGGCUGAUUCAACCCCUUCGCCGCCGCCACCUGCUUCAAACAAAUCUCCUUCUCCUCCGGCAGAUUCAGAAACACCACCGGCUCCACCAGCUGAAUCAGAUAACAACCCUCCUCCUUCGUCUCCAGACAUUCAACCGCCACCUUCUCCAUCAUCUUCGCCCAAUGUAGAUCCUACAAACCCGGAAUCACCACCUUUGCAAACUCCUCCGGCUCCACCAUCAUCAGAUCCUACCAAUACACCCCCAGCUCCACCAUUUGACCCUACCAACCCUCCGCCAAUUCAACCAUCAGUACCAGCCAAUUCUCCUCCGGCUAAUCCCAACGCGCCGCCUAGCCCAUUCCUCACAGCGCCACCCAAAACUGCUUCCGGUGGACCUGUGUCCUCUCCAUCUCUCAAUUCUCCCAGCAAAGGAACACCUUCCUCAAACCAAGGCAAUGGAGACGGCGGCUAUCAAGGGAAGACUAUGGUCGGUAUGGCUGUCGCCGGUGUCGCAAUCAUGGCGCUAAUAGCCGUUGUGUUCUUAGUGAGAAGAAAGAAGAAGAGAAAGGCUGAUAGCUAUAAUCACUCACAGUACUUGCCACACCCCAAUUUCUCUGUUAAAUCAGAUGGAUUCGUAUAUGGUCAAGACCCUGGUAAAGGAUACUCUUCUGGUCCUGGUGGUUCAAUGUACAACUCACAGCAACAACAUUCUACUAUGGGAAAUAGCUUCGGCCCACCUGGUGGUUAUCCUCCUCAUCAAAUGCAAUCUAGUGGCACACAUGACUCUGCAAUCCUCGGAAGUGGCCAGACUCAUUUCAGUUACGAUGAGCUUGCAUCAAUAACUCAAGGCUUUUCUCGUCAGAAUAUUCUUGGAGAAGGAGGAUUUGGAUGCGUUUAUAAAGGUACAUUGCAGGAUGGUAAAGUUGUAGCAGUUAAGCAGCUUAAAGCUGGAAGCGGACAAGGUGACCGUGAGUUUAAGGCAGAGGUUGAGAUCAUCAGCCGCGUUCACCAUCGCCAUUUGGUCUCUCUGGUUGGUUACUGCAUUUCAGACCAGCAUAGAUUGCUUAUUUAUGAGUAUGUCUCUAAUCAAACGUUAGAGCAUCAUUUGCAUGGAAAGGGAAUGCCGGUUUUAGAGUGGUCUAAGAGAGUCCGGAUCGCUAUAGGAUCAGCCAAAGGGUUGGCAUAUCUGCACGAAGACUGUCAUCCAAAAAUCAUUCACAGGGACAUUAAAUCAGCAAACAUUCUGCUGGAUGAUGAAUAUGAAGCUCAGGUUGCUGAUUUUGGACUUGCUAGACUCAAUGAUACAACACAAACUCAUGUAUCAACUCGCGUUAUGGGGACCUUUGGGUACCUAGCGCCGGAAUAUGCUUCUAGUGGAAAAUUGACUGAUAGAUCCGAUGUUUUCUCGUUUGGGGUUGUUCUCUUAGAGCUUGUAACUGGACGGAAACCAGUUGACCAAAGUCAGCCUCUAGGAGAAGAGAGUUUGGUGGAAUGGGCACGCCCACUGCUUCUCAAAGCCAUUGAGACCGGAGAUUUUAGCGAACUGAUUGAUACACGGCUCGAAAAACAUUAUGUGGAGCAUGAAGUCUUCAGAAUGAUCGAGACAGCUGCUGCAUGUGUUAGACAUUCUGGUCCAAAACGUCCACGCAUGGUUCAGGUUGUGAGAGCAUUGGACUGUGACGAAGACUCAGGAGAUAUUAGCAACGGAAUAAAAGUUGGGCAAAGCACAGCUUAUGACUCAGGGCAAUACAAUGAAGAUAUCCUGAAAUUCAGAAAAAUGGCAUUUGGUUUUGACAAAGACACAGAGUCAGGAUUGUACAGUGGAAACUACUCUGCCAAAAGCUCUUCUGAUUUCUCAGGGAACGAAUCUGAGACUCGACCUUUCAAUAACCGACGGUUCUGAUCAAACAAUAGGUGAAAGUAACACAUACAUCUCCCUCCUCCUUGAGCUCUGUAAAGCCAUUCUUUUCGUAUAUUGUGAGAUGCUUUUCUUGGUAGGUGCCUUUAGAUUUUGUUCUCUAAUGGCUAAAUUCCUCAGAAAAGGUAAAUACAUAGAAACCAGAUAAGUUGUGAAAGAGUUAAAUGUCUUGUUUUGCUUUUUCUCCGUUCUGUGUUCCUAAUUUUUGUUCGAGUUAAAGAGGAUAGUGAAGAACUCUGUAUUCUGUAUAAAAACGUUCUUCCAUAAA